AUGUCCGACAUGACCCAGGCUCCCAUCAAUGGCAACUACGGUGCUCAGCACGGUUUCCCCGAUGCUUUCAACCCCGCCCACGCCGCCAUGAACACUGCGGCCAACUUCCAACCCGCUCAGUCCUCGACUCCCACUAUUCUACACUACCUUGAGCCGAACCCUGACAAGUUGCACCUCUUCUACUCUAAGCGGUCUCAGCUUGUCUUUGGUACUGAGGCUGAGUCCGUCCCUGUCGCCGUUGGCACCAAGGCCAUCAACGAGAAGAUCAAGAGCCUUGACUUCUCAGGACUGCAAGGAGGCCCGGUGACCGAUGAGGCCGCAGCCACCAAGGUCGAGGAGAAGCUGGAGACCGAGAUUACCCGUGAGCAAGAGCAGCCUGAGGAGGUCGCCCCUCAGACGAAUGGAGCCGCCGCCGAAGAGCCCGCAGAUGCACCCGCUCCGGUUGCCGAGCCCGAGAUUCAGCAGGAAGAAGAGUCGCAGACUCCCGAACCUACUCCCGUCGUCGAGAAGGAGGAGACUCCUGCUGUUAAGGAGGCCGCUGCCACCCCCGCCCCUGCCCCGGCUGCUGCUCCUGCCGCCGCCGCCGCUCCCGCUCCGGCUGCCCCCGUUCCUGCUGUUCCCAAGACCUGGGCCAGCAUUGCCUCCAAGGCCACCGCCGCUCCCUCCGCUGAUGCCACUACCUCUACUCCUCGUGCGGUUGCCACUCCUGCUCCCGUCACAGAGAAGGACACCGCCUCCGCUGACGCUGGCUGGCAAACCGCCGGUGCCGACCACAAGAAGACCCAAUCUCGUGCUGGUGAGGACCAGGUUGUGCUCGGCUACAUGAAGAACGUCACCGAGAAGGUGGAUGCCGGUCUGCUGAAGCAGACUCUCGCCCGAUUUGGCAAGCUGAAGUAUUUCGAUGUCAACCGCCCCAAGAACUCUGCUUUCGUCGAGUUUGCGGAGCCCUCCGCCUACGCUGCUGCCGUGGCUGCCAACCCCCACCAGAUUGGUACUGAGCAGAUCGUUCUCGAGGAGCGCCGUCCCCGGCCCAACACCUUUGGCAACGGGUACCCUGCCGGUCGUGGACGUGGUGGUCGCGGUGACCGUGGCGGUAGCCAAGGUCGUGGUGGAUUCCAGCGUGAUGGCCGUGGUGGCUUUGCUCCCCGUGGAGGUCGCGGUGGAAACGCUGCUGCCAAGGCCCGCAACGGUGCCCCAGCUGCCUAA